GAUUCAAAAGUAGCAAUUUCCUUUCUUUCACUUACACAAAGUCAUAUAUAUAUAUAUAUACAGAUAUAUUCUUUUGAGACAAACCAAAAACUUAAAAGCAAAAUCAUGACCUUUUUUUACUUCCGGGACAGUUGAACGACUCUCCUGCAUUCGUUCAUUUAUUACUUCUUUAAGGCUUAGUUGGACAGAGAGAAAAGAAAAAGUUUAGAAAAAAAUAUAAAGGAAAGAAAACCUGAUAAGAGAGAAUAUUCAGACAUGGGGAGCUAUAGGAUGUGUGUGUGUUUCACGCGGAAGUACAGGAUCACGGAGGCGGAGCCACCCUCCGACGUCAAAGAUGCCUUCAAGAAGUACUCGGAAAGUGGGAGCCACAUGAACGCGGAGCAGUUGCGGCAGUUCUUAGUCGAGGUCCAGGGCGAUGACGCGGCCACCGUCGAAGAUGCCCAGCAGCUCAUUGAGCAGAUCCAUCACCGUCGCCACCACCACCACAUUACUAAGUUCAGAAAACACUCUCUCACUCUCGAUGACUUCCAUCAUUACCUCUUCUCUGUUGACUCCAAUCCCCCUAUUAUGGAUACGGUUCAUCAUGAUAUGACGGCUCCUUUGUCCCAUUAUUUCAUAUACACCGGCCAUAAUUCAUAUUUGACCGGAAAUCAAAUAAGUAGCGAUUGCAGCGAUGUUCCCAUAAUCAAGGCACUGCAUAGAGGGGUUAGAGUGGUGGAGCUUGAUAUUUGGCCUAAUUCUACUAAAGAUGAUGUUCAUGUGCUCCAUGGAAGGACUUUGACAACGCCAGUGGAGCUUAAGAAGUGCUUGAAAUCCAUUAAAGAACAUGCUUUUGUGGCUUCUCCGUACCCUGUUAUCUUAACUCUAGAAGACCAUCUUACCCCGGAUCUACAAGCUAAAGUAGCUCAGAUGGUCACCGAAACAUUUGAGGAUAUGUUAUUUUGUCCUGAAUCCGAAAAGUUGGAGGAGUUUCCUUCACCAGAAGAGAUGAAAUACCGAAUCAUUAUUUCCACUAAACCUCCAAAGGAGUACCUUCAAGCCAAAUCUAUUAAGGAAAAUGAAGAUAAUGGCUCGAUCAAGCAGCGAGAUUCCAAUGAAAAUUCAAGAAAGACGGAGAAAAUGGAGUCUGCAGAUCAUGAAGAUGAAGAAGAAUAUACGAGUGAUAGCGAUGCAAGUGAUUUGAGUGGAAACGAUGGAGAUGGAAACAACACAAGUAGUAAAAAAGACUCGAGCGAACUCAACGUUGAUGGUGAUGAAAACAGCAAGAGUCGUAAAACUGAUCGAAGCUUGUCAGGAGGACAACCUGAAUACUUGAGUCUCAUAGCAAUUCAUUCCGGCAAACCAAAAGGGGGUUUAAAGGAGCAGCUUAAAGUCGAGAUUGACAAGGUGACGCGCUUAAGUUUGAACGAACAAAAAUUCGAAAAGGCUACUACAUUUCAUGCCUCACAAGUGGUUAGAUUUACACAGAAGAAUUUCUUAAGAGUGUAUCCUAAGGCUUCUCGGAUUGACUCUUCCAACUACAAGCCCUUAAUUGGCUGGAUGCAUGGAGUUCAAAUGGUUGCUCUAAAUAUGCAGGGAUAUGGUAAAUCUCUGUGGCUUAUGCAUGGAAUGUUUAAAGCCAAUGGUGGUUGUGGUUACGUGAAGAAGCCUGAGUUUUUAAUGAACAAGGGGCCAGGUGAUCAAGUAUUUGACCCUAAAGCGAAAUUGCCAGUGAAGAAAACUUUGAAGGUGAAAGUGUACUUGGGAGAUGGAUGGCAUUUGGAUUUCAAACAAACACACUUUGACACGUAUUCACCGCCAGACUUCUACACCAGAGUUGGUAUAGCAGGAGUUCCAGCGGACGAAAUAAUGAAGAAAACAAAGAAGAAAGAGGACGAUUGGACGCCUGUUUGGGAAGAAGAGUUUACAUUUCCAUUGACUGUUCCUGAAUUGGCUUUGCUUCGAAUUGAAGUGAAAGAAUACGACAUGUCGGAGAAGGAUGAUUUUGCUGGCCAAAUUUGUCUACCUGUUUCUGAGUUGAAACAAGGCAUUCGUGCAAUUCCUCUCAUGGACCAUAAAGGAGACAAGUACUCGUCUGUUAGGCUGCUCAUGCGGUUUCAAUUCGUCUGAAUUGCCUUGUAUAAUAUUAAACUAUGUUGGUAUUAGCUUUUAUAUGAUAUCCAAACAAAGAUUUUCCUCAUUUGAUUCUUGAGUAUUCAUAUAUGUUGUAUAGUUGUCGUUAAGUAAGAUUUUGAGAGACUUAGAACAAGGAUAACAAAGAAGUGUAAACCAAAUAUGUAAGAAUAAACCAAAUAUGUGAUGUUGAAACUUUUGUCAUGAUCAUGAAUUAUUGAAAUGUAAGCCAGUCGUAAAUAAUUCUCAAUGAAAACGAUGUAUAUAAUUAGUGGAGAAGGAAUAAUCAGAGAAAUUUAUCCAA